AUGGAUUCAACGGGAGCGGCCACGGCCCUCGCGGCGGUCGCUGCGGCAGGGGUCUUCGAGGGCGUCGCGCUGUUCCUGUCUGCUGCCGACCCUGUGCCAUCUUACAACGACCCGAGCCAGGAUGCCAAGGAGCUGCUGCGCGGAUGGCGCCGCAUGUUCCCGGAGGCAAAGGCCUUCCAGAUCAAAGUGAUCGCGCUGGGCACAGCCGCCGCCGCCACCACGGCCUGGGGCCUGCGCGACGGCAGCCCCCGCGCCGCCGCCGCCUUUGGCCUCGCCGCCGCCGCCAACGUGGCCAUCGUGGCGCACACGAUGAGGAACAUGAUGCCGCUGAACAACCACCUGAUGGCGGCGGGGGAGGCGGAGAAGGAGGGGGACGCCAGCAUCGCCGCCAAGCUGCAGCAGGCGCGUACAGGGUUGGGUCGUUGGGGCAGGCUGCACAGCCUGCGCACGGCGCUGGGGGCGGUGGCGCUGGGGGCCUCCCUGUAUGGCGCCCACUCCCUGCUGACCAGCAAGUGA